AUGUCGACGGCACCCGUCCACCUAAUAUUCGACAAUGCUCCCAACGCUAUAGAGUUCAAUCCACCAGAGGCAUGGACGGAAGAGGUGGUCAACAUCGACAGACAGGAAUAUGGGAAUAUAUGGGGUGGUAAUAAUGCAAAUAAGCCCUACGUGCUGGGCAUGCACCAGACCCGACCUCCAUUCAGGCCCGACAACCAGACAGCGGAAGUGAGGGUGGUGUUUUCUGAGGGAGCAGCCAAUUCCUCUAUCGAGCUUUACGGACGAUCGUACACCACAACCUCGUCAGGAAUCUCCGCAGAGAACUUGGCGAUAACCUACCAACCCACCGACCAACAACCUGACGUUGCCUUCUCUCAAGAUGCUUUCCUGGCUAUCAACUUUGGAGUCGUAGCUGCAAAGGAGGACGCGAACCUGAACGGAAGCCGGAUCAUCGUGGACGACGUCGAUACUUCUCAGCUUCUGUACUUUGGUGAUUGGAGGGAAGACAGCGGAGACGAGUUCGCCGAGCGGGAAGAUUUGGCCGACGCCAAUGCGGCUCGGGUUCGUGUUGGGCCACGGAUCUCCUAUAGAGGAACCAGGCAUACGGCCUCGACUGUUGGUAGCGGGUUCAGGUUCCGUUAUUAUGGCAGCAGCAUAGAAAUGCACGGCUGCGUCCACCUUACGAGACCAGGCGCAUUAAUGGAAGUGCGCUGGAGUGUAGAGGAUCCGGGUGAAGAGCCCACAGAGGCGUACGGAAUCCAUCGAGAAUUCGAUCCCGAACGGGAUGGCAGUAACACGACCCACUGCGAGACCAAGUUUCUGCGGAGCACACACAGUGAAGAGCCGGUGGAGAAGAUUAUCACCAUGAACAUCGUCAAUUCCCCGGACCCUUCGUCUGCGAGCUUUUCCUUCGAUUACUUGGUUUAUAACCCUGGCUUCGAAUCACUCUCGGACAAGCCUGAAUGGGACAUUGAGCAGCUGGAGCCGGGCUACUCGUGGAAUCGGACUUCGAAAGGCACUAUCAUUGGGGCCAGCGUUGGUGGAUCCCUUGGUUUCUUGCUCAUUGUCGGCUUGAUCAUCUUCUGGUUCCUUAGGAGAAGAAGGAGACAGAAUGCGCAAAUCCGAGGGAAGGCGUCAGGGUAG